AGAAGUCAAGCUCUGCAGUUUCACUUGUACACAUGGUACCAAUUGUUGCCGUAUCAUCUUGCUUGAGCUUAUCACAAUACGGUUAUCAUUCAAACUACGUGUCGAAACAUGUAUCAUUAAGUAAGUAUAGCAGAGACAUAAGGAGGGGUUGCAUUACAAGGUCUCAAAUUUUGCCUUCAGCUCUUGGAGAUGCUGAUGGGUUACGUGUUUUUGUGCUGUCUGAUUUGCAUACUGACUAUACGGAAAAUAUAAAAUGGGUCAAGGACUUGUCGUCUGUCAGAUACAAGAAUGAUAUUCUUAUUGUUGCUGGUGAUGUUUCUGAGACCAAGAAUUUUUUGAUGACCAUGUCUCUCUUGAAGAAUAAAUUUGAACAUGUCCUCUAUGUUCCAGGGAACCAUGACAUAUGGUGCCGUCGCGAGGCAGAAAUCUAUCUUGAUUCUCAUCAGAAGUUAAAUAAAGUGCUUGAUGUGUGUAGAGAUCUUGGAGUUGAGACCAAUCCAAUAGCUUUAGAUGGCUUGGGAAUUAUUCCUUUGUUCUCAUGGUAUCAUGAGAGCUUCGAUAAGGAAGAGGAAAUAACCAAUAUUCGCAUUCCACCUUUAGAGAUGGCAUGCAAGGACUUCUCGGCAUGUAGAUGGUCUGGGGAACUAUCAAAUGGAGAUAUCUCGCUUGCUUUAUAUUUUGAUGCAAUGAAUGAUAAAAAUCAAAACCUGAUCGAGGAGAUCCAGAACACAUGUAGCCAGAUAAUUACCUUCUCUCACUUUGUCCCCAGGCAAGAGCUGUGUCCAGAGAAGAGAAUGCUAUUCUAUCCGAAGCUUCCAAAGAUUAUUGGCUCUGAUAGUCUUGAAGCCCGUAUAAGGUCCAUCCAUGGGGUAAAAGGAAGUUCAUCUGCAUGUCAUGUGUUUGGCCAUACACAUUUCUGCUGGGAUGCUGUGCUUGAUGGUGUCAGGUAUGUGCAGGCUCCGUUAGCGUACCCGAGGGAACGGAAGAGGAGGAUGAAUGGGGGUGAAAGUUGGUUGCCAUUUUGUAUCUAUUCUAAUGGGAAAUUGUCUGAUAGGCUUUCGCCGUGUUAUUGGUCUGAUUAUUACUCUUCCAACCCAAGAACACCUCAUAUUACUGAGCUUGCUCCUUGGGUUGCCAGGUUUUAUAACCAACCGUGAAAGUUUAAUGAUCUCAUGACCAAUGUUUUAAAAAAAACUCAUCUGAAAGCUCGCCUGAGGUUUAAAAAGCUUAAGACUACUUAUAUAACGUUUCUAUUUUUCGGUCUAGGCAAUGAAGCUUAAAAAACUUACGCUUUUUACAUCUAUAGCUACGUUUUUCACAUCUUUUGCGUCUUUUAUUACACCUUAGAAAAUAAUAUUUUUAGGUAUCUUUAUAUAUAUAUAUAUAUAAUGUGUUUAAAUUGAUGAAAAUUAUCUAAAAAGUUUGAAUAUGAAUUUCAUCAUUUAGAUAGGUAAUAUAUUGGUGAGUUCUCAUGUAUAUUUGUUCUUUGAGAAAUUAUUAUAUAUACCUGCCACAUCUCAAGUGGCGUACCCCUUUAAUGUUAUUAGUACAUUUUUACCGUGAUUGUUUCUUAUUGGUUUCUUAUAUAUAAAUAAAUUUUUACCAUUUUCACGCGCGUGCAUGUUAAUUAUAUCAUGACGUAAUAUGAUUGACUAGGUACAUCACAUGGUAAUGUCACGUGGUGUGACGGGUACACAGAAUAUUACUCAUAUUCUUUUUGUAUGUGUAUAAUUAUAUAUUUACAUAUUUAAGUACUAAUUUUUUAUAACAUAAGACUCAAAAUUCUAAAAACACACAUUGGGGUACGCCUUCACGUUUUAAAAUAUUGCUCAUGAUCACACUGAAUUUUAUUGAUUUUAUUUGUUUCAUAUUUAAAUCCCCUGAGUUGCUAUUAUCCAACCAGUUCUGCUCAGACGAACAGUUACUGCUCCGCUCCUUGCGAAGUUGCACAAAUGGAUGUUUUCCUGUAAAAGCUAUCCUGCGCGAAUUUGGAGACCUCUAUGGCCAUGCCAAUAUUCAGAGCGGAGUAUGGGAUGAUCGAACUACAUGAAGAUCUGACAGGAAGAUAGAUGUUUGAGGGGAUCCUUAUGAGAUACCAUCAACCCACCUGAUUGAAUCGGCCUUUGGGGCUAGGUCAGGGUAGCUGCUGUACGUUGCUUGAUUCUUCAAGCGGAUUCUCGACUUCUUAUUUUUGCUAGAAGAUGGCAACAAGAUGGAGAUGGAGGUAGGCAGGGAAAGAGAGAUAGAGACUACUGGCGUUGAGAGAGAAAUGGUAGUGGGAUUGAUAGACGAUGAGGACAGGAGGGCGUUUGCAUGUUUGAAAUGUGGAGGCCGGUGUGUUAGUCUUAAAUUAGCCAAAAGGCCUUGGAUUCAUACGGGACACUUGGGGAGUUGCUAUGCAGGAACGAUGACACAUAUGCAGGAUAUGUGUAGGCAGUGUAGCUACCUGGUAAAUCCUAUAGAGGAACUAAAACUGCCUUGGAAUAUGGAUAAUCAUUGCAUCAUCUGGAACGGUCUCUAUCUCUUAGCUUGCAAGCAACUCCUUUGAAUUUAUCCUUAUUCUUGCUUUGCAUGUGUUUUAUUUUGGCUAGAGGACUUGAUUCAUUGUAGUGAUCUCUAGUAGGUUCGCCACAUUGAGUGUUUGACACUUUGUUUCUAUUGUUUGUCAGAUAAACGAGAAUUUUUGUGAAUUGAAUUGAAGG